AUGCCUCCCCUCAAUAUACACUCAGGGACGAUCAGGCGAUCGAGCUCCUUUUUGCAAGCAGGCUUUGCAGCUCGGAAGCUGCCAGAUCUCAGGCCGCCUAUUACUUGGAGAAAGGUCAACGCGCCUCAUCAACGGUUGCCAUACUCGACCUCGCCACGCUUCAAUAAUUCGAGCCAGUCGCAGCCACCUCAAGAAAAGAAACCAUCGCCAUCUGAGGCGUUAUCCUCAGCUCUACAAGAUGCAGAUCCCGCUAAAAUCAAUUUGCUAUCUCCUGUACAUGUACCAGAAGACCCAAAUGGCGUCCUCAAUGAAAAGCAUCCCGCCUUUGGCAUACUGGCGAACUCCUCCAUAGUAGUAACACGACAGCUGGAGCUGAUGGACAUCAUGAUCGGCUUCGAACAAGCAAACAAAUAUGUGAUUAUGGAUCCUCAAGGGCAGCAUAUUGGUUUCAUGGCCGAGAAAGAUCUAGGCAUGGGCAACAUGAUGAAGAGACAAUUUUUCAGCACACACAGGAGCUUUGAAACGCACGUAUUCGACCGCCAUGGGAAGGAAGUCUUGAGGUUCCAUCGACCCUUCUCCUGGAUCUCGAGUCGCAUUGGCAUAUAUGAUCCAGUAAAGCCUGGCGACUACGCUCCGUCAUCAUCUACUGCAGUAUCACCCAUAACCCCAGGCGGCCUAAGUACGGACAUCAAUGCAGACGCUGCAAGGAUCUCCCAACUUCCACUAUCAGAAAUGCAGAUCAUUGGCGAAGCCCAACAACAGUGGGCCCCGUUACGUCGAAAAUACAAUUUGUUCAUCCAUCGUAACUCUCCAGAUCCGUCGACACAGCAGCUUACCUCUGGCACGCUACCGUUGUCCAACACAACGGCUCUGGAGCCAUCUUCAUCGGAAGCCCCAAACAGUGGGGGCGAGUAUGGUCAAUUUGCCUACGUGGAUGAACGCUGGCUGUCCUGGGACUUCUCACUCAUGUCAUCCGACCAAAAGCUCUUGGGCAGCGUCAACAGAAACUUCAAAGGCUUUGGUCGUGAAAUAUUCACCGACACCGGCGUAUACGCCUUGCGCAUGGACGCCGCAGGCUUAGCUGAGGAACCAAACCAUCUAAUCUCGAAAACGGGUCAGAUGCAGCCAGCUGAGACGCCGGGUAUGACACUCGACCAGCGUGCUGUCAUGCUUGCCACUGCUGUCAGUAUCGAUUUCGACUACUUCAGCAGAAAGGCCGGAGGCGGCGGAUUGAUGGGUGGUAUGUGGCCGGUCUGGCUUCCUGGCGGGGGAGAAGCUGCCGGCGCUGGAGCUGCCGAAGCCGGCGCAGCAGAAGCUGGAGCCGAGGCAGGCGCUGUUGAAGGGACUGCAGAUAAAGGCCUGACCGGAUAUGAGGUUGACGGUCUUCCGGGGAAGGAGGGCAGCGCAGCUGCUGGUGCAGGGAGUUUGGCGGGGUACGAAGCUAUGCAGAGAGGCGCCUAUGGAGAGCAGGAGCAGCAACCGCCACAGGAACAAGAGCAACCCUAUCAAGGUGAAGAUAGCCAAGAUUCCCCAGACAUGUGGGGUCGGGACAAUAAUCCUUGGAGUCAGGACUCAGGUGAUGCUGGCGGAGCUGGGGGAGGAGACGGCGGAGGCAGCUGGUUUGAUGAUUUAUUAAAUUCUUGA